UUAUUCAGCCUGUUGAGUGCCUUGGUUUUACUGGCAGCCAUGGUGGAGGCAGGUAGAGAUUACUACCGCAUUCUCGAUGUUCCACGCGACGCGCCCAAGAGUCAGAUCAAGAAGCAUUACAAGAAAUUGUCACGAGUGUACCAUCCCGACAAGAAUCCAGAUGACAAGGAAGCUUCUGCCAAGUUUAUGGAACUUGCUGAUGCCUACAAUGUACUUUCUGAUGAUGAAAAGCGACCCAUCUAUGACCGAUACGGUGAGGAAGGAUUGGAACAACACAAGUCUGGAAAUGGAGGACAUCACCAAAAUCCUUUUGAUAUCUUUUCACACUUUUUUGGAGGUGGUCAUCAUGGACAUGCUCAAGAACGAAAGGGCCCAAACAUGCAGGUUGUACUUGAAGUAUCAUUGGAGGAUCUGUACAAUGGAGCAAAUAUCGAGGUGGAUAUCUCGAAGCAGGCUGUGUGUGAUCAUUGCCAUGGUAGUGGUGCACGCCGAUCGGAAGACAUCGUAACCUGUCCUGUAUGUUCCGGAAGAGGUGUAACUCUUGCUAGAAUACAAAUUGCACCUGGAAUGGUUCAACAGAUCCAGCAAACGUGUGAUAAGUGUGGUGGUAAGGGCAAGACCAUCAAAACUCCUUGCCCAGUAUGUGCUGGUAAAAAGGUCCGACGAGCAAACGAGCAGUAUUCUAUUGAUAUUGAUAAGGGAAUGAGUGAUGGCGCAACAGUGGUUUUGGAUCAAGAAGGUGAUGAGUAUCCAGACACUAUUCCUGGUGACAUUAUAUUUGUUGUGUCUACUUUGCCUCACGCUGUGUUUGAAAGACGUGGUCAAGCCCUGUACACGAAGCAACACAUCACUCUUACCGAGGCACUCACUGGCUUUGAAAAGACAUUGAAGCACUUGGAUGGCAGCACAGUGACACUCGCACGACAGGGCGUUACCCAAUACGGCUUUGUGCAGACGAUCAAGGGUCAAGGAAUGCCACUCCACGAGAAUCCUACGGAACAUGGAGACCUCUUUGUGGAGUACAACGUUGUGUUUCCUACGCAUAUCGACCCCGAAUUUGUUGAAUUACUCCGCCAAGGAGCUCAUUAUGCACCAGCCAGCUUCGUACAUCAAGAGCUUUAAAGUCAUUUAAUAAUUUUAUUAUAGAAUUCUAAAGAUUUUCUUUUAGAUAUUUGUACGCUUAUGUUUUUUUUUUCGUUGGUGCAUAAUGUAAUAUUCUUUUUCCUUUUGUCUC